AUGUUAACCAAAAUAUUAAAAUAUUAUUCGUCAUCUCUAGUAGUUUCUGUAAAACGUUCAGUAACUAUUCAAUCUAAUUUUCAUUUGAGUACUCAAAUGAAACUAUUGAAUGAUAAUAAACAAUUUAAAAAGGCACUUGCAUUAUUUGAUAAACAUACAAAAAAUAAUGCCGGAAUAUUUUCAAGUUCCAUUAUUACACAAGCUUUAAAAGCAUGUACACAUCUACGAGAUCUUGAACGUGGAAAAACUAUUCAUCGUCAUCUUAUUUCGUCACGUACAAAAAAUGAUUUAUAUACAACAACAUCAUUAAUCCAUCUCUAUAUGCAGUGCAAUGAUAUACAAUCCGCUGAAUUACUAUUUAAUACAACAACAACAAAAAAUGUAACAAUAUAUGGAGCGAUGAUGAAAGGUUAUAUAAAAAAUAAACAAGCAAAGAAAGCAGUUGAUCUUUUUAAUCAAAUUGAAACUCCUAAUGAAAUUAUUAUAAAUCUACUUUUUAAUGCUUGUGCGCAAUUAGGAACUUUAGAAGCAUUAAAUUUAGUAAAAAAAGUUUCAAACGCAAUUCCAAAAUCAUUUCAUUCAAAUUCGAUUCUUAUGGCGUCUCUCUUAGAUGCAUUAAUGAAAUGUGGUGAUAUUGAACAUGCAGAAUCAUUAUUCGAUAAAUCAAAAAAUAAAGUAUUAACAAUGUAUGGAGCAAUGAUGAAAGGUUACGUUCAAAAUGAUCAAGCAAAGAAAGCAAUUGAUCUUUUCAAUCAAAUUGUUAAACCCGAUGAAAUUAUUAUAAAUCUAUUUUUUAAUGCUUGUGCUCAAUUAAGAACUUUAGAAGCAUUAAAUUUAGUAAACAAAAUUUCAAAUGAAAUUCCAAAAUCAUUUCGUUCAAAUCCUCUUCUUAUUGCUUCUCUAUUAGAUGCAUUAAUGAAAUGUGGUGAUAUACAACAAGCAGAAUCGUUGUUUGAUAAAACAACAAAUAAAACAAUAGAAAUGUAUGGAGCAAUGAUGAAUGGAUUUAAUCUGAAAAAUAACCUAUUUAAAACAUUGAAUUUAUUUAAUAAAAUGAAAGUUGAUAAUAUUAAAGGAAACAUAAUUAUUUUCCAUUGUGUUAUAAGAGCUUUAUCACAAAUCGCUGAUUAUAAAUUAUCUCAAUCGAUUAUUAAACAAAUUCCCAAUUAUUUCUUUGUUAAUAAUCAUAUUCAGUAUGCAUUAAUUGAUAUGUGGGUAAUGUUCAAAUAA